AUGUGGUUGGCCCUUCUUACAUACCAGCUUGCAACACUCCUUCACACCCAUGCUCAACAUGCUUGCAUUGGACACUCCACAUUCAGAAGUCCAGCCAACUCAGACAUCGAGGUCCUCUGUGGCUCUCAGACAGUGGACCUCAACAUCCUCCUAUGUCCCAUCUAUUUUAAUGGAUACAACGAGUCACUGCUGUCCCUCAACUCAGAGCACUCUAAACACCAGUGUAAAGGGACUCCUGACUGGACGACAGACCCACCUGUUGUCAAAUUCAACUUCUCCAUCACAGAGGAGGGGAUCACUGCCUGCUCUAGCACACUGACCGUCACAGAGGAAGUGGGAACUGGAGUCUUUUCAGACUUCUCCACCGUCCAGUACAUCAGCAUCACAGGCAUGAUCUGCUCAGAGGACCCUGGCACAGGAGCCAUCACCUAUCACCAGGAAGUGAUGUACAGGUUCUCCUGCCGUUACCCACUGCAGUAUCUGGUCAACAACACUCAGAUGAGCGUGUCUGGGGUCAGCCUGGCAGUCAAAGACAAUAAUGGGAGUUUCAUCAGCACACUGAGCAUGGGACUCUACGCGGAUAAUGGUUACUCCUCCAUCCUGAACAUCCCGGCAGGAGGCCUGGAACUAAAGACAAGGAUCUUUGUACAAGUGAAGGCGUCCAACCUCACUAGCAGAUUCAACGUGCUCCUGGACCGAUGUUACGCCACAACCUCGCCUUUCCCUGUCAACACCACUUCUCACGAUCUCUUUGUUGGGUGUAACCGGGAUGGCCAGACAGUAAUGGACAUCAACGGAGAGCAGCAGGAAGCCCGCUUCUCCUUCGAGGCUUUCCGCUUUGUCCAAAGCACAGACGAUACUCUCUCCACCUACUAUGUACACUGUGCCACCAGGCUCUGUGUGAACACCUUCUGCCCCAACCUCAUUCAGAACUGCACCAGCAGCACCAACUCCAGGAGGCGCCGCAGCGCCAACAACAACCAGGGUACCACAGUGAGUGACAUGGCCACUGUCAGCUCAGGCCCCAUCAUUACCCGCUCAGACAAUGGUGAGAAUAUGGCUUCUGGAGGUGCUCGGCAGACUCAUUUGAAUAGCACUGUGCUGGCUGUUUCAGUCGUAGCAGGCAUCGUUGGAGCCAUCUGCCUUACUCUGGUGGCUUUCAUUGUUUAUCAGAAGCACAUUUCCACAAUCGGCUCCCCUAAGAUGAUUCUGCACCAACAAGAGUGA